AUGUCUAUCGCCGUCGGAGUUCACCGGAGCACCAUCGCCAACCGCAUCCUUGUCGUUAAAGCUGGAGUCCUCCGCAACCACAUCGUCGGCGAAGCUGCUGCCAACGACGAAGUGCAAUACAAGAAGCCGAUAGACGACUGUCGCUGCUCUCCUCCGGUGAACUGCGUUGUGUUCGCCGCUAUGCACGACGUGUGUGACUGGGAAAAACCACAGUCGUGCCUCCCGUGGUUGCUGAAGACGAAGAUGGACAUGAGAUAUCGCUGCUCUAACGGAAAUGAAGGGGAAGCAAAACGACAGCGCCGCUGCCGCCGUUAUCUCCGGUAG